AUGGCAUAUCUUUCCAAACUUCGACAGACACUUCCCGCACGACAUCCAGACUACCCUGCCUCCACAUUGGAGUUCACGUUGUCACAGCCGGCGUCACCAUCACGGUCGGAAGUGGGUGCGGAGGCCAAGCCUCCCAAUAAAGGCGGCGACGGUGUUUCCCGUGCUCGUACUCGUCUUCGCACACCACUACCUACAGAUCAUCCUGACUACCACGCUUCCUCGUUAGACCUGAUACCCUGGGAGCGGGAGCAAAAGAGGGCACUGUUGAAAGAAGGAACUCUUCUCGAGCCACUGGCACCCGGUGACAGGGCAAUCAAGGCCGAGGUCUGCGUCAAUCUUGAUGAGAAUGGAACAAUUGUGGACGCACAUGAGCUUGUCAAAAUUUAUCCCUCCACUCUUGAGCGUCUAUAUCACUGCGCCAAAUUGUCGGCCAUCAAGCCCUGCCCAAGUUCCAAAUGCCUCGUGACCAAAGAGCUCCUGCUGCAACACCUCCGUGGCCGGUCGACCUGGUGUACCUCCCUCUUGGAGUGGAUGGUCCAGUGCCUCGCAUGCUACUUCACCUCUCUGAUCUUACGUUAUGAUGAGGCUGCCCCUCCAAAGGCGAAUAUCUCACUGGCCAUAUUCCGAUGUGCCAAGAUACCAGUCUAUGGGGGAAAGGUCGAGACUGCCGACAUAGAUGUCUUGCCGGACAGCUUGAUCUACGAUAUGGUAGAAUGGAUAGCGCAUGUCGACGCAGAUUUUGAUCGGCCCCCCAGGAGGAGGGCGAUACGCGAUCAGAUAUCUAACUUUAUGCCUCCAGAUAUUGUGUACGAAGACGACUUCAACAAGGCAAUGGAAAAGGCCGAGGCUGUGGGCAUCUGCAAAAAUCGGCUCUGGAACCUGAUUUCUUGUUGUCCCCGUCAAUGGCGGGACCUCCCUGCACUUCUCUCCUUGAUUGACCAGAACGAUAAGCAGCGAGCCUACCUAUUCAAACAGACCGAGAAUCUUGACCUCCCGGCGCAGCCCAUAUCCUCCGCGGGUGCCCGGCCAUCGGAUUCCUACACUCAUGAGGCUUGCACAUCCGAUCUGUGCCACUUUUCUUCCAUGGAUAGCACCCGUGUUGCGCAAAGACACAAAUGCUCUGAGACCGAGCGCCAGUCAUGCCCCUUGAUUCAAUUCCCUCCAACCAACAACACCAGUCUGGACCGCUUGAUCUGGAAUCACACUGUGGAGCCAUCAGCCCAGAAUUCAGAUGUACUGACCUACAAGCCAGUUCUCAGCGCUGGUAACUACAUCGCCAUCUCGCAUGUGUGGUCUGACGGAACUGGGGCCGGGACCCAAGGCCGGGGGUUGAUGAACAAUUGUCUCUUCCAGUUCUUCUGCAACAUCGCCCAAGACCUAGACAGUGACGGACUUUGGUGGGAUGCCGUGUCAAUCCCAACAGACCCAAAGCGAAGGGCACAGGCUCUGCGAAAUAUGCAUCUCAACUUCAGUUUGGCCAAGCACACGGUUGUCCACGACGAAUACCUCUUGAGGAUUCCGUGGAGAGACGAUGGUACUCCUUGUCUUGCCCUCGUCCUCUCGCCAUGGUUCACCCGGGGCUGGACCGCCGUCGAGCUGCUGGCAUCCAAGAGCGUCAAGGUUUUGUUUGGAGAUCCGGAUGAUGAGAAUGGCCCCCCGGUCAUUAAGGAUCUGGAAACGGACGUCCUCGCCACGUUUCCCACCUGCAGUCUCGGGCACAUCGCUGCUUCCUUCAUCGUUCGAAGGCUGUGGACACUGACGAGCGAAUUAGACCGCACCUUUUCGGACCUGAUGCGUAUCUUGAGGACGCGAAGCAAUUCAUGGCCCAGGGACCGGGUGGUUGUGGCUGCACUGUUGGCCGGGAUAAAGCCAGAAGUGGACGCGGUCAACAUGCAAGCGCGAGUGAUGCAGCAAAUCAUCACGUCCUAUCACACUGUCAGUGCCUCGAUCUUGAUCCACGGCGCCCCGACUAUAACAGAGCAUGGUCCGCUUUCCUGGUGCCCAUCAAACCUCUUCUCCGGAGAUCCCACCACUCUGUCGACCAAGUUCCUGUCGUGGGACCAACUGUUUGGCAUUGACCCAGAUACUGGCGCUCUCGACGGGAUCUUCUCGGCGUGUGCGCUUUCUUCGGUCGACCCGGAAAUGCUAGAGCCCAUAUCAAUGCAUCCUGCAGUGCGUCGAAAACUCGACUCUGCGUUCAUCCACAAGGAGAAACACUUGCUCCUGUCUGGCGCCACGAGCCAGAAAUUCUGCCUGGUGGUCAGGGCCAUGGGGCUCAGGAGGCCGCCGUCCAGAGCCAUUGAAUGUGAGUGGGUGGGAGUGGUGCUCUCAGAGGUGGCAGAUGCCUCGCUUUGGACAGGCGCGAUUUCCAUUCGAAUUGGUACCCAGAUUGCGGUCAGAGACGCCGAAGCCGCCUACAAUACCGCAGAGGAGCUGUUGCGGUGUUAUUGUGCAGAAGACGAUGUAGACACGGACCUGGAAGAUGAGGCGGUAGUGGCGGAAAUGAGGAGAUUGCUUCGCGUGAGCCCUCGAUCUCACCAGCAGUAA